AUGAUAGAAGAAAGACAGCAACAGGGUGGUGGAGGUGCACCGCAUGGGAUCCUUGUAGCAAUAGUGGUAAGCAUAGUGGUAAUAGGACCUUUCCUUGUUGGAGAAGCCAUCACAGAAACAAUCUCUGAGCUGCUGAGCCCAAUGGGUCUCCUUCUUCUUCCCAUUGCACUUCUUCUCACCAUUCAGUUUCUCUCCUCAGAACGUGGUUCAUUCGUCUCUGCCAUGUUCUCUACCGGUGAACCCAACACCAUCCACCGCCUCAGCGGGUCACCGGUGGGUGUGGCCCUCUUACUCAUCAUCAUUUUGAUCCUUUUGUACAACAGGGUUUCCAUCUUCCACCACGUUGAUUCCGCUGAUUGA